GACGCAGCUGUGGCGGCAUCACGAACACCCCUGCACGGAUGGCGGGGCCCUGGCCGGACCUCCCCUCGGCCCCACGUCCCAGGCGGGCCGGCUCCCCGCCCCUCCCGCGCUCAGCCCGUCUUCCCGCCAAGUGGGUGCUGGGCGCGGCGGGACCUGGUGGCGGGGGGCCGGGGCGCUCUCGGGACGGCGCGGACUACAACUCCCAUCCCGCCCCGGGACCGGGCUGGGGGACAGGGGCCGCGGGGAGCUGGGGCGCCCCGAAAGCCCUUCCCUUGGUUGGGGUCCUGCCAGGGCUGCUAGGCCGGCUCGGUGGCCUCGGCGACCCCCGCGGGACCCCCACCGCACCCAGCCCGCGCCCCCCUUCCUGGCCCGGCCCGGCCCGCCCCCGCGCGUCCGCCCGCCCCCUGCACCGCCGCCGCUCCUGCCAUUGGCCGGCGCGCACCUGUCCGUCCAGGGGCGGGGCGUGCGGGGCGGGGCCAGGUGAGCGCGGCGGGGCAGGUGACAGCGGGUGCGGGCGGCGGGCAUGCGGGUGGCGCGGCUCUAGCCCGGGCGGGGGCUCCGGCCGCGGCCAUGGAGCGGCGGCUGCGGGCGCUGGAGCGGCUGGCGCGGGGCGAGGCGGGCGGCCCGGGGCUCGACGGCCUCCUGGACCUGCUGCUCGGGCUGCACCAGGAGCUCAGCAGCGCCCCCCUGCGGCGGGAGCGCAACGUGGCGCAGUUCCUGAGCUGGGCCAGCCCCUUGGUGACUAAGGUGAAGGAGCUGCGGCUGCAGAGGGAGGACUUUGAGAUCCUGAAGGUGAUCGGCCGCGGGGCCUUCGGGGAGGUUGCUGUGGUGAGGCAGAGGGAUAGCGGGCAGGUCUUUGCCAUGAAGAUGCUGCACAAAUGGGAGAUGCUGAAGAGGGCCGAGACGGCCUGUUUCCGGGAGGAGCGAGAUGUCCUGGUGAAGGGGGACAGCCGCUGGGUGACGGCUCUGCAUUACGCCUUCCAAGACGAGGAGUACCUGUACCUGGUCAUGGACUACUAUGCGGGCGGAGACCUGCUCACGCUGCUGAGCCGCUUCGAGGACCGCCUGCCGCCCGAGCUGGCGCAGUUCUACCUGGCGGAGAUGGUGCUGGCCAUCCACUCGCUGCACCAGCUGGGCUACGUGCACAGGGACGUCAAGCCAGACAAUAUCCUACUGGACAUGAAUGGGCACAUCCGGCUGGCCGACUUCGGCUCCUGCCUUCGCCUCAACACCAGUGGCACGGUGGACUCAUCAGUGGCGGUGGGGACACCAGACUACAUCUCCCCGGAGAUCCUGCAGGCCAUGGAGGAGGGCAAGGGCCAUUACGGUCCCCAGUGUGACUGGUGGUCGCUGGGCGUGUGUGCCUACGAGCUGCUCUUCGGGGAGACGCCCUUCUACGCCGAGUCGCUGGUGGAGACCUACGGCAAGAUCAUGAACCAUGAGGACCACCUGCAGUUUCCCCCGGACACGCCCGAUGUUCCGGCCAGCGCCCGGGAUCUGAUCCGCCAGCUGCUGUGCCGCCAAGAGGAGCGGCUGGGCCGAGGGGGGCUGGAUGACUUCCGCAAGCAUCCCUUCUUCCAGGGCGUGGACUGGGACCGGCUGGCCUCCAGCACGGCCCCCUAUAUCCCUGAGCUCCAAGGGCCCAUGGACACCUCCAACUUCGACGUGGAUGACGACACCCUCAACCACCCCGGGACCCUGCCACCACCUUCCCACGGGGUCUUCUCGGGACACCACCUGCCCUUCGUGGGUUUCACCUACACCUCGAGCAGCGCGGGCCCCGACGGCAACUCAGAGCAGCCAGCAGCUGCCCUGGAGCGGAAGCUUCGGGGCCUGGAGCAGGAGAAGGCAGAGCUGAGCCGCAAACUCCAAGAGGCCCUGCAUAGCCCCUCAGACCGUCGGGAACUGGAGCAGCUCCGAAAGGAGGUGCAGACCCUGCGGAACAGGCUGGCAGCAGAGACCCUGAGGGACACCAAGUCCCCCUCGUCCCAGACGGAUGGCAGUGACCUCCGGCAGGAGAGGGACCAGCCCCACCAGGAGCUGGCAGAGGCUCGGGUGCACCAGGCGGAGCUGCUGCGGGGGCUGGAGGAGGCCCAGGCCCUGGGCUCCCAGCUGCAGGCCGCCCAAGCCGUGCAGAAGGAGCUCCAGUCCCACGUGGCCACCCUUAGUCGGGAGGUGACUCAAGCACAACAGGAAGGCGGCCCUGAGCCAGAGACACCCCGAGUCAAGACCGUCCACGCCAUCCCUGAGACCAACGGCACGAGGUCCCCCGAAGCCGAGCUGAGAGAGGAGGUGGCCGUCCUGCGCGGGCAGCUGGAGCAGGCCCGGGGCUCCCGAGGGAAGGAGGAACUCGUGCUGGGCCGGCUGCAGGAGGAGAACCAGCGGCUGAGCAGAGAGCAGGAGCGGCUGGUGGAGGAGCUAGAGCGGGAACAGCAGGACAAGCAGCGGCUGGAGGGCGAACGGCGGGAGACAGAGAAGAACUGGGAGGCCCAGAUCGCAGACAUCCUGACCUGGGUGAACGACGAGAAGGUGUCCAGGGGCUACCUGCAGACUCUGGCCACCAAGAUGGCCGAGGAGCUGGAGACGCUGCGGAAUGCGGGCACCCAGACGCUGCCCACCAGGCCGCUGCAGGACCACCAGUGGAAGGCGCGGCGGCUGCAGAAGAUGGAGGCCUCGGCCCGGCUGGAGCUGCAGUCGGCACUGGAGGCCGAGAUCCGCGCCAAGCAGGGCCUGCAGGAGCGGCUGACGCGGGUGCUGGAGGCCCAGCUGCGCGCCGAGAGCCGUCUGCAGGAGGCCGAGCAGCGGAGCCAGGGCCUGCAGCGGGAGCUGAUGGCGCUGAGGGAGGAGUUGCAUGCCCGCGGGCCUGGGGACACCAAGUCCCUGAACCCCUUCAUCCCCUUCCUGUCCUUCCGGAGCUCAGAGAGGGAUGCCAACAAGGAGACUGGCAUCACAGGAGAGGCCCCGAGGUCCGGGCCUGAGCCCGAGCUGAGGCCCAAAGGCCGCCGCAGCCUGCGUCUGGGGGCUGUGUUCCCCAGAACCUCAGCUACCACACCAUCCCCGGUGGAAGGUCCCACUGCCAAGCCUGGCUCACACUCACUGCGUCCCCGGAGCUUCCCUUCCCCCACCAAGUGUCUGCGCUGCACCUCGCUGAUGCUGGGCCUGUGCCGCCAGGGGCUGAGCUGCGACACCUGCGGCUACUUCUGCCACUCCACCUGCGCCCCGCUGGCACCCCCCUGCCCUGUGCCCCCUGACCUCCUCCGCACCGCCCUGGGAGUGCACCCCGAGACGGGCACGGGCACCGCCUACGAGGGCUUCCUGUCGGUACCGCGACCCUCGGGCGUCCGGCGGGGCUGGCAGCGGGUGUACGCGGCGCUCAGCGACUCUCGCCUGCUGCUGUUCGAUGCCCCCGAGGCUCGGGCCAGCCCAGCCAGUGGGGCACUCCUGCAGGUGCUGGAUCUGAGGGACCCUCAGUUCUCGGCCAGCCCCGUGCUGGCCUCCGAUGUCAUCCAUGCCCAGCCCCGGGACCUCCCCCGCAUCUUUCGGGUGACGGCCUCCCAGCUGGCGGUGCCCCCGGCCACCUGCACAGUGCUGCUGCUGGCGGACAGCGAGGCCGAGCGGGAGCGCUGGCUGCAGGUGCUGGGUGAGCUGCAGCGCCUCCUGCAGGACGCCCGGCCUCGACCCCGGCCCGUGUACGCGCUCAAGGAGGCCUAUGACAAUGGGCUGCCGCUCCUGUCCCACACGCUCUGUGCCGCCAUCCUUGACCAGGAGCGACUGGCCCUGGGCACGGAGGAGGGGCUUUUUGUGAUCCACCUGCACACCAACGAUAUCUUCCAGGUGGGCGAGUGCCGGCAGGUGCAGCGGCUGGCGGUGAGCGCAGGCGCCGGCCUCCUGGUGGCCCUGUGCGGGCGCGGCCCCAGCGUGCGCCUCUUCCUGCUGGCAGAGCUGGAGAGCGGGGAGGCAGCUGGCGCCAAGAUCGCCGAGUCUCGGGGCUGCCAGGCGCUAGUGGCGGGGCGCAUCCUGCAGGCUCGCACGCCCGUGCUCUGCGUGGCCGUCAAACGCCAGGUGCUGUGCUACCAGCUGGGCCCGGGGCCUGGGCCCUGGCACCACCGCAUCCGUGAGCUGCAGGCCCCCGCGCCUGUGCAGAGCCUGGGGCUGCUGGGCGACCGGCUGUGUGUGGGCGCCGCCGGGGCCUUUGCCCUCUACCCGCUGCUCAACGAGGCUGCGCCCCUGGCCUUGGGGGCUGCGCUGGUGCCUGAAGAGCUGCCCCCAACGCGCGGGGGCCUGGGCGAGGCGCUGGGCGCCGUGGAGCUCAGCCUCAGCGAGUUUCUGCUGCUCUUCGCUGCCGUGGGCGUCUACGUGGACGGGGCUGGUCGCAGAUCUCGGGCCCACGAGCUGCUGUGGCCUGCUGUGCCCACAGGCUGGGGCUACAGCGCCCCCUACCUGACAGUGUUCAGUGACAACGCCCUGGACGUGUUCGACGUGCGGCGAGCGGAAUGGGUGCAGACUGUGCCCCUCAAGAAGGUGCGACCCCUGAACCCCGAGGGCUCCCUGUUCCUCUACGGCACGGAGAAGGUCCGCCUGACCUACCUCAGGAACCGGCUGGCAGAGAAGGACGAGUUCGACAUCCCCGACCUCACGGACAACAGCCGGCGCCAGCUGUUCCGCACCAAGAGCAAGCGCCGCUUCUUCUUCCGCGUGGCCGACGAGCAGCGGCUGCAGCAGCGCAGGGAGAUGCUGAAGGACCCUUUCGUUCGCUCCAAACUCAUCUCACAGCCCACUAACUUCAACCACCUGGUGCACGUGGGCCCCACCGAUGGGAAACCCGGAGCCCGGGCCCUGUCCCCGGCUCCCGGAGAGAAGGGCCGAGGUGGCCGCACCUCCGGCCAGCAGCGACCACACAGCUUCUCAGAGGCAUCGCGGCGCACCGUCUCCGUGAGCAGCGAAGGACUUGGAGGGGACGCAAACUCCACAGUGAAGAGGAAGCCCUGGACGUCUCUGUCCAGCGAGUCGGUGUCCUGCCCCCAGGGGUCUCUGAGCCCCGCGACCUCGCUGGCACAGGUCUCAGAGCGGCCCCGGAGCCUCCCUCUGGCCCCCGAAUCUGAGAACACUGUGUGAGUCCUCAGCAGGGCACCCCCAGCCCAGGACAGGACACGACAUGAGGGAGCAGAGAGCCUGAGGCUACCACCUUCCUGCUGGCCCGGAGCCUGUGGCGACAUGACUGGGGACGUCAGCCUGGAUCCCCAGGACUCAGGGGUCCCAAUUCCCAGCCCCCAUCUGUCCAGGUCUCAUCCCUGACCUGUGAAGAAAAUGUCCCACUCUGCCUUGGGCUCUUGGGGAGAGGGGGUGCGCCAAAGCUAUCGCUUCCAGUG